GUUGAUCAGUCUGCUCAGGAAACUUCUGCUGGAGAAAGUACUGGAGUCCAAAACCUGAAGAGGAGAGAGAUUUUGUGCAGAGUAUCCCUUCUCCUGCAGAGGACAACACCUUGGAGAAGAAAAAAAAAGCACAUAUUUGAUUUUUUUGCAGGGUGCACUGCAGAGCCUGUAAUUAAUGUUUAACAGAUAGCAACACUCUUCUUGGAUCAAGACUCUUGGCUUUAGCUUUAAAAAAAAAAAUCGGAUUAUCUGACAGAGGCAUUGUGCUCAUUAGUCUACUUUUCCCCCAUCCUCUUCGCAUUUGAGGUUUUAUGCUAAAACUGAAGAACAAUGUUUCUGAGUUUCUGCCUCUUGGUGACAUUUAUCUUGGGGCUGUCCGGGUGCUUGGGCUCAUACGUGCCGUGCGAGCCGUGUGACCAGAAGGCGCUGUCCAUGUGCCCUCCGGUGCCCGUCGGCUGCCAGCUGGUGAAGGAGCCGGGCUGCGGCUGCUGCCUCACAUGCGCCCUGUCUGAGGGGCAGGCGUGCGGAGUGUACACCGGGACGUGCACUCAGGGGCUCCGCUGCCUGCCCAGGAGCGGGGAGGAGAAGCCCCUGCACGCGCUGCUCCACGGCAGGGGAGUGUGCACCAACGAGAAAGGAUACAAACCUGCGCACCCGCCCAUAGAUCGUGAGUCUCGGGAGCAUGAGGACACCAUUACCACAGAGAUUACAGAGGAGCUGCAGCCUGCUAAAGUGCCACUCCUUCCCAAAGACAUUGUGAACAGCAAAAAAGUCCUCGCGCUGCGCAAGGAGCAGAGGAGGAAGCUCGGCAAGCAGCGCUCCAUUGGCCCCCCCAUGGACUACUCCCCUCUGCCCAUCGACAAGCAUGAGCCUGAAUUUGGUCCAUGCCGGAGAAAACUGGAUGGGAUCAUUCAGGGAAUGAAGGACACUUCUCGUGUAAUGGCCCUGUCUUUGUACCUUCCCAACUGUGACAGAAAAGGUUUCUUCAAGCGCAAGCAGUGCAAGCCAUCCCGCGGACGCAAACGAGGCAUCUGCUGGUGUGUGGACAAGUACGGCGUUCAGCUCCCCGGCACAGACUACAGCGGCGGGGACAUUCAAUGUAAAGACCUGGAGAACAGCAACAACAACAACAACAACGAGUGAAAAGGGGAGGACCAUCCUUGACCCCCACCCCCCCGAACCCUAACCACCACGUGACCCAGGGCCCACGCCUCCCCUCUGAAUCACAUCUGUAUGCUCCGCCCUCCAUUCACUUCAAGAUUUUUUCAAGUUGAAAAAAAAAAAAAGGAAGAAAAAAAUCCAAACGAAAGAACAGGCUGAAAAAAAGACACCUGUAUUUGUUUUCUUUUAUAUUCUUGUGUUGACCAAGUACUCAUCUCUGAAUGAGCGGAACAGUCCCAGAAGAUUUACUCGAUCCCUUGACUCUUGCCCAUGGGACCCCUUUGUCUGCACAUUACGGAUAUAUUUUUAUGGAAGCUGGGGGUUUCAAUACUUGUAUGAUGUAAAAUUAUCGCAAAAUCAUUGUGAAGAAAAAAAAUGUAUCAGGCACAUUGGUUGAAAACAGAUCAGUUUUAGGCUGUGCAACAUGAUGCCACUGUGGAACUGAAAAUUGGCAGAGUAAUUGGGUUUUAUUUGAAAAGGAACAAAUAAUAGAUAGGGAUAUGCUGUAACAGUUGACUCUAUCUGGGUAUGUGGUUCUGUCAGAGCACUUAUGAAUAGGGGAACCUGCUUAGAUAUGUGUAACUUCACAAAAUGAUGCGUGCAUGAAUGCGUGGAUGUGUACAGUGCGUGCGUGUGGUAUGUAUCCGCCUGUGUUGGUGAAUGAUGGAGUGAGCCUACUAUGAAAAGAAUGUCCUUUUUUUUCUUUCUCUUUUGUUUGAUUUUGUCACAACAAGUAUUGCCAGCGCUUGAAGUGGUCUCGGGGCUGGCCUUCUCUUUAACCGAUGUAAAGUUUGUCUCGGGGACAGUGAUUGGUGGAAACAAAAGAGUAAAGCAGAUUGUCACAGAUGAACCUAUGUUAAGUGGCUCUUCGACAAUGUAGCUAGCCUGAUAUGCCAACUGUGCCUAUUGAAACAGACACUGCCAUGCAGGGCGACACAGAGCUCAGAGUCGGGCCAGUUGCUUCUCUGAUCCAGUUUUGUGAAGUGUAGUUUUGUAUGGUUUUUGUUUGUGCUGUUUUCUUUGCCUUCAGUGAAGUAAAGACCGCCCACUUUUGAGCCAUGUUCCUUAUCAAGUGGUUUCCCCUCAGUACGGCUUCUACAGUGUAACCAUGGUGUAUUACUUUUAAAUAUAGUUAUUGAAUGUUGUUUUUUUUCCUGUAGAAACAUAGUAUGACAACAAUGUAAUUGUGCUUGGAACAAAAAAUAUUUUAGCCUGUAAAGAAUUUGAAUAGGUCCUUGUAGCCUUGUCAGGAGAAUGACCCAGAGUCUUUAGACUACAGGGGCGGUCAAACAAGCUAACACUCUGCAACCCUUUGCUAACAUGCUUCCAUGCUUAAGGCUAUAUAUCUAAAGGGAGCAGGAUUUAAGUAAAAAGGUUACAGGUUAUAACAGGGUCAUUAAGUAGAGUUGUUCUCUCUCUGUGUGCAAGUCACAGUGCCUUCCUUCAUGCAAAUACAUUUAAAUAGUGACGUGAAAGUGACAUGGAUAUCAAACGGGGCAAUUUCCUCUUUAGGACAGCCAGCCUGUGCCAGGGCUGAUACAGCGAUCAAGAGGUCUAGGUUUUAGUUCUGGUUAGAAGAACAAUGAAUGUCCUGUAAAUGGCGUCAGCAACACAUAGCAAAUCCAUUAGUAAUCUCUGUACCUCGGGGCAAUUCUGGAUAAGAAUGAUGUUUGGGGAGAUGCUGUUAGCACACUCAGUUAGCCUCCCUUAACUCUUUCUUUGACAACCAAUAAGCUAUGAUUCUUGCUUUUUUCAUGUAAAUGCCAAUGUAUAUGAUUGCCAGAGAGGGGAAGCCAAUGGAUGUUAAAUCAAGUAUUUCAGAAAUGCUAUGUACAUCCUCAAUGGUUCCCGGUUGUGAAUAUAUUAUCAAGGUUCUUUGCCCCACUUCCAACACCAAAUCCCCACUACCACUUUCGAAAAAAGAAAAAAAAGCAGCUUGCACUUAUUUCAGUUACUCAUUAUUGAUAUUGACACACAACGACGUCCUUAGAUGUGGUAUCAAGAAGUUGGUGGAACGGAAAAAAAGUUUAAAGAAAACAGCCACAAAAGCUAAAUGUUGUGUUAUCUUGUGCUUACCUUUUAAAGGUGGUGCUUUGAGGUGAUUUUUGUCGACAGGGGCUGUGCAGCCCAUGCCUGGGACCUCCAAUACAGCAACAUCCUUUAGGGAAAAAUAGAUUUAAAGUAACACGCAGCUAGAGAUGUUCUCAUGGCCAAUUGCACAGAGAGUUGAGAUAAAAGAGACGGAGGGGAAAGGGAAGAAGAAGAGUGAGCGCCAUGGGCCUAGCCACUUCCCCGAUAUGGGGUCACCAAUUGCAUGACAUUAGAUACAGUUAGCAGGACAGUUGACAGGAACCACGGAAAUCUGGGGAAUACAAUACUUUAACUAGGAGCACUUUGAUACUCUUGAGCGAAAAACAAGGAAAUAUCUGGGACCGUUCACUGUCCGGAUCAAUCAUCUGUGUGAAUACUUCAAUGUUCCAUGUGUUUCUUUAAUCUGUUGUUUGGAAUGCAGGUGGAGGUUCAGGCUUAAAAAAGUCUAAUAGUGACUUCCUGUUCCCCACGCCUGUUUGCGAGUAGUGACUUCCUUAGGUUUCUCAUUUCCUACUUGGUUUAAACUCAUAUUUCAUACUUCUGUAGUACAGUAACAACAAUACAAUACAGCUUUUUUCUGAGUACAUAACACUUUCUGGAUGUAAUGAGUCAAUACAAUUGGUUUUCAUAAUUUGGUGAUCACUGGCUUGUGAAACGGACCCAUCGGUGGCAGGAGGACAGUGGGAAAUAAAAAUGGUCAGUAUUUGGAACUACAUAAAAUGAAUAAGAAAAAAAAAAAAAUCUCAAAUUAUUAAAGUGAAUAUCACUGUGUAAUAUUUAUUCAACUUGUAAUUUAUGUACUCUUUUAACCUUUGUCUUUGUUAUGACAAAGCAUUUAUUUAAAUAAAGUUAUGUAUUCAUUUA